ACCAUCUUUCUGCUGCAUUUGUAAUAGUCUAGGUUUGGGGUGGUGAUAAGUCACAUGGGACGUAUGAAGUCGUAGUAGUUCAUAAUAUUAUACGUAUUCUGUGAUCAAAAUAUUGUGACAAGGUUCCAAAAACGAUAGAUUUAGCUAAUGUUGUCUAAAUGUAUUACUAUAAAAAAGCCUAGUCCCUUAUAGUAUAGGGAAGGAAUGAGCUUAAGCCAUUGCUCGCGAUAUAUAUUUCCAAGAAAUUUCGUAAAAAAAAAUGUUUUUCCACCAGGUCCAGAUUCCAUCAUGUUUGGUAUAACGCAGCCGUUUCCCGGCUUGUCUAAUGAUACCAGGGCCUUUUCCCCGGUAACCCUGAACCGUGAGUGGCCGACCUUGGGCCGUCUCCUGUUCAUGGUCUUCUGCUCCUGCAUUGGCUCCACCAUUAACGGUUUUUUUGUGGCUGCUUUUUUUGUUGAACAUUCGCUCAAACGUCUUGGCAAUGUGUUCCUGGCAUGCGUUGGCAUGGCCGAUCUGAUCAUAACAACGGGGGUGAUGCCAAUAUCUGCUGUCGUACUCCUCUCGGGUCAGUGGGACAUCGUUCCGGUCUGCCAAGUUCUACAGUUCCUCACUGAAGCUUCCACCUACUGCUACAGCUUGUUCUUCGCCCUGGUAGCAGCCGAAGGUUACUUCAGACUUUGCGGCACUCCUGGAGAGUACGAGUCAUUUAUUUCGAUGAGGAUUGGACUCGUCGCCAUCAUGGUGUUUUUGGUCUCCUUUAUCACAGCCGGCGUGGGCACCUUUAUGGAUUUUGACUAUGAUUAUUGCCAGCGAAUGCAUUACGGGAACGUUAACUUCAGACUGGCGACAACCAUCAUCUUCCACGUCAUUCCGUGCGUCAUCACUACUUACGGACUAAUUGCCACCGCCAUCCGCAUCCGCAGCCGCGCUGUUGAGCAGCUCCACUACAAACGCUCCCAGCAGUAUGAGAGGGAUUACUCCUUGACCAACUUGAACAUCGCCGCUUAUGCGCUGUACGUGAUUGGGUGGACACCCUACCUUAUCAUCGUCCAUGUGUUCCCUGGUGCCAGCGACGCGAAAUACUACCAUUGCGCGUGGAUUGCUAUCUGCCGCUCUCUUAUUACCAGCUUCUUAUACAGCUCGCUGAACCGGAAUUUCAGGCGUGCUUUUGCUCACCUUUUCUAUUACUGCUGCUGCAAGAGCUCGAUUACAGGCUCUUUCAGUAGCCGCCACAGGAGGGCUCUCGAGUACAAGCCGGCCACUGGAGACGUCAGGGUCCACAUCAUGCACCAGGCCGUGAGCAUGAGCAGCCCCCAGCGUGGAGCUUCCUCGUCCCGCGAGACACAGGAAUUAUGAACUUCUUCGCUGUAAACGGAUACAGAUCGACAACCAAACGACGACGACCUGCUGGCAUUCACAAAG